CUACCUAUUCAAAACAAAGAUGGCAGCGCCCACGGAGUUCAACGCGGAAACACCACCGCUUUCUGCUUUAAGUGCCGCAACAGCCGUGACAGUGCUGGCAAAUCCCAAUCGCAAGGUUUUCACGGGAAAGUCGGGUCCCCGCACAACGUCCCAGGUGCCGACAGAGAUCUCCCAAGACCCCGAGCUCCUAGAAGCCCUGCGCUGCCUGCCGUCCAACUACAACUUUGAAGUCGCCAAGACCAUCUGGAGAAUACGGCAGCUGCAAGCUCGUAGAGUGGCAUUACAGUUCCCGGAAGGCCUGCUGAUCUUCGCGUUCCCCAUCGCUGAUAUUCUGGAGAAGUUCACAGACUGCGAUGACGUUGUCAUCCUGGGUGACGUCACGUACGGGGCGUGCUGCAUUGACGAUUUCACCGCCAGGGCUCUGGGUGCCGAUCUGAUGGUCCACUAUGGCCACAGCUGCCUGAUUCCUGUGGACCAGAUGAAUGGCCUCAAGAUGCUUUACAUCUUUGUCGACAUCAAGAUUGAUGUGCUGCACCUUAUUGACACCGUGAAACUCAACUGGACCACCGAGACCUCCCUGGCACUCGUAAGCACGAUUCAGUUCGUUGCCACUAUCCAAGCCGUAGCCACGGAGCUCAGGGCAGCCGGCUACGUGGCUAAGGUUCCCCAGAUCAGGCCCUUGUCCCCAGGCGAGAUACUGGGGUGCACCGCACCCAAGGUGGACGAUGUCGACUUGGUGAUCUACGUCGGCGACGGUCGAUUUCACCUAGAGGCCAUCAUGAUCGCUAACCCUACUCUCAAGGCAUACAGGUACAACCCUUACGACAAGACAUUGACGGAGGAGACUUACGACCACGCCCAGAUGCUUCGAGUCCGACGCACUGCCAUCCAGAAGGCGUCCACGGCAGGAACGUUCGGUGUCAUCGUCGGGACGCUGGGACGCCAGGGUAACCCCAAAGUAGCAGACGGUCUCCGCAAGAGCCUCUCCUCCAAGGGUCCGUGCAACGAUCGUGGCAACGACAACCUUGAACGAAACGUCGUCAGUGUCCUGUUGUCCGAGGUCUUCCCCAAGAAGCUGUCCCUGUUUGCGGACGUGGACGCCUGGGUCCAGACGUCGUGUCCCCGGCUGUCUAUCGACUGGGGCCUUGCGUUCGAGAAGCCCAUGCUGACGCCGUACGAAGCAAAUGUGGCGCUGCGGUCGGUCGCCUGGCAGGACAGGUACCCCAUGGACUACUACGCCAGGGACAGCCUGGGGCCGUGGACCCCGAACCACAAGCCACCCGCGGUAGAAAUGCCGCGGAAGAAGUGCCCCGACUGCAGCUGUGGAACGUCCGGCUGAGAGAUGCCCGGGCAUGGCGACUGCGGUUGCCGACCAGGAGAGAGCGGCAGCGCGUCGCUUCGGGACGCCUCCAGCACGCACCCGUCGCCUUCCGGCUACGCGGGCGUGCUUGUGGUUCGCGAGACGUCAAAGCGUCGUCGAAGGUGGGAAGCACACACCGGAGGCGGGACAACCGAAAGACUUCCCUGCCGUUCCCGUGCCGUCUGCCACCGUACAGCGUGUCCCAAAAAAGAAUUCACGCCGUUUUUUUCACCGCGUGAAUAAUCUAUGCAUUGCCAAACGCUCGUUCUCCCCGAGCCGUAGCGCCGGCGGUUCGAAUGCCGACGUUUCGAAACUAGUAACCGUUAUGUCAAUCAAAAGUUGUAAGUGAUUUUCUGAAAAUCUCGAUGGGAAAAUGGGUCCCAUAUUCGGCUGUUUUCGGUGACUGGCACCGUUCAGCUCCGUGCAUUCGAGAGCUUUGUCAGCCUCCAUUUUCCUAUUAAAUAUUUCAGAAAAUCACCUAGAAACUUUUGUGUAGGACAACGGUUUGCUCUGAAACUUCAGCAUCUGGUUUGGAUUGCUAGCACUACAUUUGGAUGGAAAAUGAGCGUUCGGCGAUGCACUUUAUUUUUUACGGUGAAAAAAUCCCUGAAAAUUUUUUUGUGAGACACUUUGUAGAUAAGGAUAGGCUGAGCCACGGAGGAGGAGGGGAUGUUGCCAGAAGGAACUUCAGAAAGGAUCCCCACAAAGAUCCUUAGAGUCGUUGAGUCGUCAGUACAGUACAGACACCACAAGGGCACCAUCAUUAUCAUCAUCAUCACUGGAGCUGGGAAAGGGGUCACAGCACCAGCGAUGAUGAUAAUGCAAUGCGUUUGUGGAGUCUUUACAUUAUUUUUGGGGAGAAUCAUACAGCGUGAAAUGGGCCUUUAUCGCAGAGAAAUUAAAUCUGCCGUUCUGUAUAUAAUAGGAGAUUCCUUUCUCGAAUAAAGGGUCGUGAAAAGAUUGGAUGUGACGAGCGGAUUUAUUGCAGUUUAGUGGGAGGGUUCAAUUCCAAAGGAAAGGUUGAUACAAAGUUUUUGUUUGGUUCAAUUCGGUGUGCAUUUAUGCACAUAGAAGCCAUUUCUUAUUUCUUUUAAUAUCAUCUGGUGUAUGCUCAUAUACGCUUGCCUGCAACUUCAUCAUCACUUGAGUGGCACGUCAUUUCAAUUGCUGUGAAUGCAAUGACCGAGACAAUGUGUUAUUCACCAUCUUUUCACAGAAAUCAAGUUUGGGAGAUUUUGGUACGAGUUUUGCAAAUUUGUUAGCAGAAGCAAGCGCGAGCACUUCACUUGAAAGAUCUCCCCCAUCAAAGAAGUGAUGGUCCUACCAAUAGGUUUCAGUUAUUUUCAAUCGAUGCGAAUGACAUUGUUGAUGCCAUAGACCCAUCUGUGAGUAUUAGACUAUUUGCGGGCAAUUUUUGGAAGUAAAACUUUACUGUCUUAAUAGAAAUUUGCUAGAUGCAGCUCUCGGUGCUGUUCAAGACUGAUGUAAUAAAUGGGAUAGGAAAUUAAA